GGCAGAUUUCUUCAUGUAUCCCGUCCAGGUCAACCGUCACACUUUCCCCCACAAACACAUCUGACUUUUGUAAGAUCCCAGUGAGAGGGUGUACAGCAUGAGACUGGUGUGGAAAUCCCUGGACAAGAUGAGAUGUCUGAGGAAACGCUCCACUAUUCCCUUCCUCGGCUUCCUCAUCACCUUCCUCCUCUUCCUGAACCUCUACAUUGAAGAUGGCUAUGUCCUGGAAGAGGAUAAAAGGCAGCUCAGGGAAACAUCAGUCCACCCUCCGAGCUCAGAGCGAUACGUUCACACCUUCAGAGACCUCAGUAAUUUCUCCGGAACCAUUAAUGUCACGUAUCGUUAUCUCGCUGGAACCCCGCUGAACCGCAAGAAGUAUCUUACCAUCGGGCUGUCAUCAGUCAAAAGAAAAAGAGGGAACUACCUUCUGGAGACGAUCAAAUCCAUCUUUGAUCAGUCCAGUUACGAGGAACUGAAAGAGAUCGUGGUUGUGGUCCACCUGGCAGACUUUGACCUGGUCUGGUGUGAGAACCUGGUACAGGAAAUCACUAGGAAGUUUGCUCACCACAUCAUAGCCGGACGCCUCCUGGUGAUCCAGGCUCCAGAGCAAUAUUACCCAUCUCUAGAUGGGUUGAAAAGGAACUACAACGACCCGGAAGACCGGGUCCGUUUCCGCUCUAAGCAGAACGUUGACUACGCUUUCCUCCUCAACUUCUGCACAAACCUCUCUCACUUCUACAUGAUGUUAGAGGACGAUGUGCGCUGCUCCAGGAACUUCCUGACAGCGCUGAAGAAGGUGAUCACCUCCAGAGAAGGUUCCUACUGGGUGAUGCUGGAGUUUUCCAAGCUGGGCUACAUCGGGAAGCUGUACCACUCCAGAGACCUGCCACGUCUGGCUCACUUCCUCCUCAUGUUCUACCAGGAAAUGCCGUGCGACUGGCUCCUCAUCCACUUCAGGGGUCUGCUGGCCCAGAAGGACGUGAUCCGCUUCAAGCCCUCACUUUUCCAGCACAUGGGCUACUACUCCUCAUACAAAGGAGCAGAGAACAAGCUGAAGGACGACGACUUUGAGGAAGACUCCAUAGACAUUCCUGACAACCCUCCUGCCAGCCUCUACACAAACAUCAACGUCUUUGAAAACUAUGACGCCGCCAAGGCUUACAGCACGGUGGACGAAUACUUUUGGGGGAAACCUCCUUCCACUGGAGAUUUCUUUGUCAUAGUCUUUAACAAAUCUAACAAAAUUAGUAAAAUUAAGAUAGCUACUGGUUCUGACGACCGGCAGAAUGACAUUCUUCACCAUGGAGCUCUAGAAGUAGGAGAGAAGCUAGUUGGGACUAAAAAAGGAAAACAGUGUUCGUCCUAUAUCACAUUAGGGGAGUUUAAAAAUGGCAACAUUGAGGUUCAAGAUGUAGACCACAAGAUUGCCUUUGACAUUGAGUGUGUACGAAUAGUCGUUACUGCCAGUCAGAGAGAAUGGCUUAUUAUUAGAAGUAUAAGUUUAUGGACUACACAACCUCCCAGCCAAUGA